UGGUUAAUUUCAUUUUAAGGAAAGCGCAAAGGGAAAGGGUAGACUGUCCUUCCCUUUUUACGGAUGAUUUAUUUAUACUAUUUUCAUUUUUCAAUUGCAUUUGCCAACUGGUUAGAGUUGCCCCUACUGAGCUCAACGUUCCAGACUCUCUUCUGCAAAUCAUCUCAUUUUCCACAAACCAAUCUGAGACAUCCGGAGAAUGGAUGCUGAUACCGACAGAAAUUAUCUGAGUCCAUUUAUGAAGAGAUUCUCGGCUACUUCUUCAAACGAUUUGGGCUCAAAACGACGCAAAAGGAUAAAAGCAGAUGAAGGAAGUAAUUAUAGUUAUGGUACCUUUCCUGCUUCAUGGCGAUAUGUAGUUGAGCAGAGAAGAAACCAAACAUAUACACAAGCUCUGAAUGAAUCGGAUCCUUACACCACAAAGAUUUUGCUGAACCAAUUGGAUUCUGGUAAAUUUGGAAGUGUGACGAAGGAGAUAGAAGAGCUUAUCAAGCGGAGACGGCAGGUGUUAGAUUACUUUUAUGCACAGAAUCCUGAACUAUCAUUGACCACAUGUCCUGAUGUGCAAGACUCAGUGGUGUCAAAGCCGAUGGAGCUAGUUGCUCCUGAUGUCAUUGACCUUGAUGAUGAUAAUGAUGGGGAAAUGGAAAGGUUGAUUCCAGAAUCACAGCUUUCCCAUCAUGCUGCCCCAGUGGUUAUCAUUGAUUCAGAUGAUGAUAAUGAUGCUACAUGUGGUCCACUAGAAGUGGAUUUGAAGCCACCUUCUAUUAAUCUUCUCAUUAAGGAUAAACCUACUGCAAAUCUUCUCAUUAAGGAUAAACCCACCGCAAAUCUCCUCAUGAAAGAUUAUGUGGACUGGAAUUCUGCCAAAAGCAAAAAUUCUCGAGAAGCAGGUACUCAAAUGCAUAUUACAGGCGAAGCUGAAACUGGAACCACAAAUGAUAAAGGAGUGUAUGUGGGUACCGAUGACUUAGAGGAGGAUGAUGAAUUGUCUAAUACUAAUUCAGAUGGUCUGGAUGAUAUUUGGCAAGAGAUGACGAAGGCUUUAGUGGAUUCAAAGGAUGCUCCUGGAGAAGCUCUACAUGAUCAAUAUGAUGUUGGGGAUGAAGAAGACUGUGAGCAUUCUUUUAUUUUUAAAGAUGACAUUGGUGAUGUAUGCCGGAUUUGUGGGGUUAUUAAGAGAGGAAUUGAAACCAUUAUUGAAUAUAACUUCUCAAAGACCUCAAGGACUACAAGAACUUACAAAUAUGAAGGACGAACCAGUAGGGAGUAUGAGCAUAUUGAUAUCCCCCUUGAUCGAUUCAAAUUAUCGGAUGGUGAUUCUUCUGUUACUGAAAUUCACCCACAUCCACGCCACAAAAGGGAGAUGAAACCCCAUCAAGUUGAGGGAUUUAACUUUCUUCUGAGCAACCUAGUGGCAGAUAAACCUGGAGGUUGUAUACUGGCACAUGCUCCUGGUUCUGGUAAGACAUUCAUGAUCAUCAGUUUCCUUCAGAGUUUCAUGGCCAAAUAUCCAAAUGCAAGACCUCUGGUUGUGUUGCCGAGGGGACUCUUGUCAAUAUGGAAAAAAGAAUUCCUCCGAUGGCAAGUCGAGGUGAUACCUUUACAUGACUUCUACUCAGUUAAAGCUGACAGCCGCAUACAGCAGCUUGAAGUUUUGAAAGAAUGGAAGAAAGAAAGGAGCAUACUGUUUCUAGGAUAUAAACAAUUCUCCUCUAUUAUCUGCGAUUCUGACAGCGGGAACGUUGCUCGGGCAUGCCAAACUAUUUUGCUGGAGGACCCAGAUAUUCUCAUCCUAGAUGAAGGCCACACUCCCCGGAACCAAGACACUGAUGUCUUGACGUCACUGGAGAGGAUUGCAACUCCUCGAAAGGUGGUUCUUUCUGGGACACUCUAUCAGAACCAAGUGAAAGAAGUUUUUAACAUCUUAAAUCUUGUGCGGCCAAGGUUUCUGAAGAUGGAUACUUCUAAAGUCAUAAGGAGGCGUAUCUUGAGCAGGGCAGAGAUAUCUGGCAGAAGGAAUUUGAUGAAGCAUGGCACAGACAAUGAGUUCUAUGAACUUAUAGAGCAUACGCUGAUCAAAGAUGAAAACCGACUCCGGAAGGUGACUGUGAUACAAGACUUGCGGGAAAUGACUAGAAGUGUCUUGCAUUAUUACAAGGGUGAUAACUUAGAUGAACUUCCUGGGCUCGUGGAAUUUUCAGUUUAUCUUCAGCUCAGCCCCAGACAGAAGGCUGAUGUUAAAGAGCUGACGAAAACAGUGGCUAGGAAGUUCUCAGUUAAUGCACAAGGAAGUGCUAUUUAUCUGCACCCAACAUUGAAGACGCUUGCCAGGAGUUCCGGUGUAAAAGAUAGAGUUGAUGAGGGGAAAAUUGACACUAUCUUGGGGAGCCUAAAUGUGAAAGAAGGUGUAAAGCUCAACUUCUACCUUAAUCUUCUCCAGCUCUGUGAAUCAAGUGGAGAGAAGCUGCUAGUUUUUAGUCAAUAUCUCCUACCCCUGAAAUUCUUGGAGAGAAUUACGGCUAAGGUCAAGGGUUACAGCAUUGGCAAGGAGAUGUUCAUGAUCACGGGUGAUUCUGAUGCAGAGACGCGUGAUUCUUCAAUGGAGAAAUUCAACAGUUCAUCUGAAGCUCGAGUCUUCUUUGGCUCCAUCAAAGCCUGUGGGGAGGGGAUAUCUCUGGUGGGGGCAUCUCGCAUCAUUAUACUUGACGUCCAUCUAAAUCCAUCAGUCACUCGCCAAGCAAUUGGGCGAGCAUUUAGACCUGGCCAGCUCAAGAAAGUCUACACUUACAGGCUGGUUGCAUCUGACUCACCUGAACAGGAGGAUCACAAUUCAUGCUUCAAGAAGGAGUCCAUUGCAAAGCUGUGGUUUGAAUGGGAGGAGGGCAGUGGUCCGCUGAAUUUUGAGAUGGAAGAAGUUGACGAUGUCAGCAAUUGUGGAGACGACUUCUUGGAGACUCCGCGACUGAGGGAAGACGUCGUCAAAGUGUAUAGAAGGUAGCGCGAGUGAACCCCCUCCCCGAUGGAUGUCACUUCACCAUUCUCAAUAUGGCUCAUGGUACAUGUUAUGUAGCUUAAUCUGCUGAAUUUUUUGUUUUGGUACUAUAAAAAAUUCUCUCUAUCA